GUUGUGAAAGUAGUUCAAAUCAAGUUAGAUUGGUCUCGCAGAGGGUGACAAAACAGUUGCGCUGUCUUCCUCAUUCAGUCGUUUACAAUUUGCCUUGCAGCAAACAGAUUAAACGCAGCCAUGACAAAGGACCCAAAUAAGCCAAGAGGGAAAACCUCCUCCUAUGCUUUCUUUGUGGCUACCUGUCGUGAAGAGCACAAAAAGAAGCACCCAGGGACCAGUGUGAGCUUUGCAGAGUUUUCCAAGAAAUGCUCAGAGAGAUGGAAGACCAUGUCAGCCAAGGAGAAGGUCAAGUUUGAAGAGAUGGCAAAGAAUGAUAAGGUCCGAUAUGACCGAGAGAUGAAGACAUACGUCCCCCCUAAGGGUGCCAAGAGGGGCAAGAAGAAGAAGGAUCCCAAUGCACCAAAAAGACCACCCUCUGCUUUCUUCGUCUUUUGCUCCGAUCACCGUUCCCGGAUCAAGGAGGAAAACCCUGGUAUCUCCAUUGGUGACAUUGCCAAGAAGCUUGGCGAGUUGUGGGCUACACAGAGUUCCAAAGACAAGGCACCCUAUGAGGCCAAGGCUGGCAAACUGAAGGAAAAAUAUGAGAAGGAUGUUGCUGCCUACCGAGCCAAAGGUGGUUCAGGGAAGAGCGAUGCUGGUAAGAAGAGUGGCCCAGGCAGGCCAUCUGCCAAGAAAGCAGAAGCAGCUCAUGAUGACGACGACGACGAUGAGGACGAGGACGAGGAGGAUGAAGAUGAUGACGACGACGAUGAUGAUGACGACUAAGCGGUUUAUGUUGAGGGA